AAGGGCGUGUUUAGCUUCAAAAGGGGGAAAAAAAGGGUUGAGAAUGCUCUUACAAAUAUCGUCAUCUCCCUAUACCACAAGAGAAAUAUCAUCAACUUCUGCUAAACGCAGAGCCAGAUUAUUGGGCUUCGGAUUUGCAACUCCUCUCGCUUGUUCUUGCAGAGUUCCUUCUUGAUCAUCAGAGUUUCUGAUUCGUAGAACGAGAACAGGAGUGUUAUUGAAUACUUACAUCGCCUAGUUUCUGAGAACACAAUCCCUUCAGGUCUAUUUAUUGUCGGGCUAAAUGCUGGGGUGCUGGUCAUAAGCGGUGCCAAUGCCGAUCUUCCCCUUUAUAUCUCAGUGUUUUGUCCCCAGUGUAGGUAAAAACGAUGCUUCGACUCCUAAGAAAAGUGAUGUAGAGGGUAGUCAAAUAGUGAGUGUGAAUGUCGAGGUAACAAGCGACCGUUGCAGCCCCGUCCAAUCGGUGCCCGUGGUUUCUGGAGCACCGAUCAGACAUGUUCGAUCUGAGGUACUGAGCAGGCACGGCAACAGAAGUAAAAUAUUAAAGUAUUCUGAACUUAAAAUAGCAGCCAACAAUUUUGACUCCGACAGAGAGCUUGGGAGAGGAAAACAUGGGACAGUAUACCUUGGAAUUCUUAAAGACGGGCAUUCUGUUGCAAUAAAGCAGUUACACGAAGACAAGUUAAAGGCCCUGAGGUUACAUGAUGAGCAGCUUCACAGCGAGAAAGUUGAAAAUUUCAUGAGUGAAGUCUCAUUGUUAACUUCUGUGAGCCAUGAAAACCUUGUCCAACUGCAUGGCUGCGUCUCUUCUCAAAGCAGUGAACUACUUCUAGUGCAAGAAUACGUGCCGAAAGGAAAUCUUACCAAGUGCCUUCUUGAUUCCCUGCUGCAACCCGGUGUACUCCCAUGGCAUACCCGAUUAAAUAUUGCAAUACAAACAGCAAGUGCAUUGGCUUAUCUCCAUUCUCGUAAUAUAAUACAUCGUGAUGUGAAAACCAGCAAUAUUCUGCUUGACCACAGUUUCAAUGCUAAGGUGGCAGACUAUGGAUUGUCACACCUCUUCCCACUAGGUGUUACCCAUAUCACAACUGAUCCUGAUGGGACUCCAGGUUAUAUCGAUCCGGAGUAUUAUGAGCAUUGCCAUCUUUCUGAUAAGAGUGAUGUAUAUAGCUAUGGAGUUGUGCUGAUGGAGCUGAUAUCAUCCCUGCCAGCAUUUGGUGAGGAGGAUGAACGUCCCUGCCUUUCUGAUUAUGCCGUCAAUAAAAUCCGGGGUAGGCAACUUGGGAGCCUUGUAGAUCCUGCUCUUGGAUUUGAAUCAGACGGCUGGAUAACUCAAACGAUUAGUGCAGUGGCAGACUUGGCAUGUAGCUGUUUGCAACGCCACAGAGACAGCAGACCUUCCAUGGCUAAAGUUUUGGAGAGGCUCAAGGGCAUUCAAAGUACGAGAAACUGCUAGUUCUCUGUCCUGGGUUCCAAAUAGUUUGUAAAAUUUAAGUCAACAGAACACGUGCUCUGAUGAUUCUCUUGUGAAGACACAAAAAAGUGAACAUUGAUAUACUAUGCUCGUUUCGUUACUUGCUGGGAAUAUUAUUGGUUUUUCGUUAUAAUGACAUACUCUGCUCGUUUCCGUACGCGCUGGCUGCGCCUUACUCGGGCUUGCGUCUGCUCUCGAUUUGGGCCUUCCAUCUCAGUUACAGAGCCCAACUCUUAGGGCUCUACACGUUAGUUCUCUCAAUAUUCUCACUGCAGAGUCUUCUUCUUGCAUGUUUUGAUUUGACAUAAAAAAGUAUGAAGAUAUUUAGAGAGAACAUUAUGGAACUCGAGAGAUCAUAACAUUAGUGAUUAGCAUUUUUUUUUUUGGGGUCAGUCUUGUUGUCGAUGGAUUGGUAUGCGGUCCGCUUUAUUAGCUUCUUUCUUAUGGAGUUCCAUCUUGCUCCUGCCAAUCCCCGAGACUAUUUUAAUUGUGUAGUAUUGAUGUCUAAUUA